AUGGAGCAGAAUAAGAUACCAACAGGGAUUAAAAUGGUCGAACAUCGAGUUAUGAGAUUAUAUGAGGAUACAAGGAAAAAGAAACAAUUAUUUGACGGGUUUAUGGAUUCGUUAAGUGAGAUGAAUCGAUUGCACGAUGAUAUUGUUAGAAUUCAGGUAAUUUUUAGCUGAGACACUUCUAAUUAUUUCUAAAUUCCAAUUCCAAUGUUUCCAGCUUCUACUCGAAGAAAUCGUGCCAAUCGUCGAAACCAUCAAUGAAAUUCUCCUUCCUGAAGAUCGUCUCCCUCCUCUAAAUCUUGGUCGAGUUCUUGAUCGUUCCCCAGUUCCAAGCACUGAUAGUUCUCUUCAAAGUACACCAACACACCAUAUCGCACCAAUCGAAGAAAUUCGAGUGAUUGAUUUGGUGGACUCCUGA